AUGACCUCUUUGCCCUGCUCCCUCCCUGGCCGGGACGCCUCCAAAGCCAUAUUCCCGGACAUCGCCCCUGUCCCAUCGGUAGUGGCUGCCUACCCGCUUGGCCUGUCCCCCGCAACCGCAGUCGCCUCCGAUUUGCCCUACUCUGGGCCGUAUGGCCACCUCCUGCCCUACUCCUACACUGCGCCGGCGACUCCGGGAGACUCCUACCUGCCCUGCCAGCAACCAGCGGCGCCUUCUCAGCAGGAGCCAAAGGCAGAUUCGGAGAAGCCGCCGCUGUCCCCGGAGCCCUCGGAGCAGCGCCCGCAGGCCCCGCCCAAGAAGCUCCGCAAACCGAGGACCAUCUACUCGAGCCUGCAGCUGCAACACUUGAACCAGCGUUUCCAGCACACGCAGUACCUGGCGCUGCCCGAAAGGGCUCAGCUGGCCGCGCAGCUCGGCCUCACCCAGACCCAGGUAAAGAUCUGGUUUCAGAACAAACGCUCCAAAUACAAGAAGCUCUUGAAGCAGAACUCUGGAGGACAGGAAGGGGACUUCCCUGGGAGAGCCCCCUCCUUGUCUCCCUGCUCCCCACCCCUCCCAUCCCUCUGGGAUCUACCCAAGGCAGGGGCCCUGCCCACCGGUGGCGGCGGCUACAGCAACAGCUUUGGGGCCUGGUAUCAGCAUCACUCCCCAGAUGUCCUGGCUUCACCUCAGAUGAUGUGA